AUGCUAAUGGAGGACAGCGAGGUCGAUUAUCAAGUUGAAAAGAGCGAAAUCGCGCAACAUUUUAUGCAAAACAUUAAUCGUAGCAGAGCUGAAAAGGCCUUAAUACAUGAGGACCGCACUGAAGAGAAUUUAAUUGAUGAUGAUGAUGAGGAGAAGGAGGAGGAAGAUGAGGCUACUGAGCCAGAUUUUAUUGAUGAUGAUGAGGAUGAAGAUGUGAAUGACGAUGAUGAUGAUGAUGAUGAUGAGGACUAUGAUGAGGAGGAAUAUGAUGAUGAUAAUGAUGAAACAGAAGAGGAACCAGAUAUGAAGGAUGAGGUGCAAGAGGAAGAAGAAAAUGAUACAGAAGAACCCACUACCCCCUUAAUAGACUCUGAAGAAGAAACCUCCCUGAAUGACACCACCACCUUACCUUCCUCCUAUGAACCUUUCUUUCCUGAACUGUCCGAAUCAACUGACGUUCCAAUUCUCUUAUUGAAAACCACGAUCGUUUCCAACGUUGACCUGGAAACGAAGACCUUAACCAGCACGAAGUUGCGCACUUACACUUUUGUGGUCACCAGAGUGGCCGGAAACGAGGAGAUAAUCACGUCUACCACGGAGGUGAAACCUCAAAUACAAACCGCGACAAUUGUAGAAAGUUUGACUAGAUUUACCACAUUGACUUUACUCGAUUUGGACAACAUGGACAAGACCGAACCCACUUUCCUUCCGACCUUGGAACAUAAUCCUUCUUCUCUGUUGGUUUCUAACUCGGAAGAUCAUGCCGGGGAUUAUCGUGAGGAGGCGAGGAAUUUAGCCACCAGGGUGAUGUCCAACGGGGUGGAGGUGAUCGUGGCUAGCGACAAGAGCACUUAUCCGGGAGACAAGGAUUAUAGGAGGGUGCCAAACACCCAGAAACCAGUCACUUUAAAACCUAGCACUUUGACUGACCAUAUGUUGCUCGUGUUGCCACAGGAGACAUCUAGUAUUGAACCUACGGCAUCACUAGACCCUAACCAAUUCGUGGUGAAAACCUGCCUUACCACAUUCACUUACCUAACAACCUACCUGGAAAAGGGCACCACAACAGUCUCCAGCCACGAACAAGUGGUAUCUAACGUUGCCACGGAAGAACGCAUGAACACCGGGAAAAUUCUUCCUACCCCUGCAAUGGGGGUCACUCUGACUCAACAUCCCAACCUUUCUGUCGGCGUCUUCCACACCACAUACACUUACCUCAACACAAUCCUGGAUGGAGAACAGCCGUUAGUCAUUUCCUCUCAGCACGUGGUAGCAAACACAGUGACUGCCCCAGAUGAUUACUUGUCUUUACUAAAACCGUCAGAAGUGAGGACUCCCGUGAAAAACACCAACACUUACUUUAGCACCAUAAACCUAGAAAAAACGAUGUACGAGGAUGGCAGGGAGAGCGUGAUAAGCACCAGGGAAGUGGUGACUCAGGUGGUUAUAACCGAAAGUAUUCCAGCAAGAGACACUCCGGUGGCAACCUCUUACGUAGCUUUGGAUGUCAUUCAGAAGCCAAAUAUUACAGAUGUUACGAAAACCUAUUUUGUCACGUAUACUUACUUUAAUACUGUGUUGCAUAACGGAAGUUCUGUUGUGUAUACGAACAUCUCUACAGAGAGCGACGUGGUAACUGAAAAAGUGCCAAUAAAGAACACCAUUGCGCCGACUUUAGAGGACAAAGAGGAACUGCCUAAGUUUGAUAUUCUUGCCACUAGGACUUACUUUACCACUUUCACAUACUUCACCACUUUACUCAAGGAAAAUGACCCUCAGAUGACCACCAUUAUUAACUCAAGGACAAAAGUGGUGGAGAAUUUAGUCACUGAGACCCUUGAGUCUAAUCUCUUUGACCCCAAGUAUCUUUCAUCUUUAUCAAAGGAGUUGAAGAGUGCUGGUGCAGACAAUAUCGUCAAACUGGCAACCCUGCUGGACGGCCAAGAGCUCGAGGUGACCCUGUUGCAAGACAAACAAAAUGAAAUCCAACCGACCGCAGUCUUGCCAAUCAGUAAAACCGACAUGCCCCAGCCGGUGGAAACUUCCGCGGCUAACUUGGAGGCCAGCUUUAGCACCACCAAACCAAACGUAAUCACCGGAUCAACGAUAGUGUUUAUCGACGAUGACCCUUUUGCCAACUUAAGUCCUACUCCCAGCCUGCAACACCAUAUUGGCACGCAAGUGGUUAAGGAAACGAAAGUGGAUAUAGUAACCAGCAAACUGAAACGCCCCGGCAAGAAAACUAAAGUAAACCCAUCUAAAAGCAGUACGGUGUCGGUGGCCACCAAAGUGGUGGAGAAAAAACCGGAAAAAAACAAAAAAACCAACCACCCGGCCAAGAUCACUAGCACCAAACAACCGGCGGCAGAUCUUUUGGGGCUCGGGUCCAUCAAUAUAGACACCCUGCAGGCCCUCACCCCCGUAUUGAGCGCCAUGGCAGGUUACAUCAAUAAAAACCUAAAGAGCAACAGAAGAAACGACGUUAACACCACAGAAAUUGAGGAACCAAUAACCCCUAAAACUCCGGCGGCAACAGACGUACAAAACCGGUCCCCGGUGUACAUCCCGGUAGGCGGUGCUUUAGGAGACGACUUUGAAAUAGCCGAGAGUCAAAAUAUCGCUAGUUUCGACUGGACUGAUCCCCCACCAAGACACCCGGAGGCGCCCCUAUUGGGACACAACGGAAUCCCCAUCAGCCCCGGGGAUAUUAUCACGGCAAACUCGGACGUAAUCGUAGGGAAACCCGGAAGGGUCGGUCCUAGGUUACCGUCAGCCAUACCAUUAAGUCCCGAGGUGCCUUUGGGCAUGAAACCGCCCCCGCCGCCCCCAGUAGAAAAACACAAAUCUUGGAAGAACAAAAUUUUGCCGGUCCUUGAUCAAAUGCCCGCCCAAACCAACGUGAUUCACGCCCCCAAUAAAGAUGAUUACGUUGGACCGCCACCCCCGAUCAAAGAGAAGUUUAGAGGCGAGAAGCGCAAGCAUAUUCCCUUAACAGUAGGCGGAAGUUUUAAUAUAGUGCCUCAGUACUCAGGAGAGCUCCCACCCCCUUAUCAGACUUCCAAUAAUCCACUGCAAAUGGAGCAAGCCCUGCGAAACGGCAUCCAUAAGAACUUCGAGGCGGAGGCUAAGAAGCCGUUUCCUAUAGCCCCAUCGAUCCCUAUAGUGCUCCCGGAAGUUAUUGAAAGAAGUACCGGGCAGCCCUUGCUGGUGCAACUACAACCCUCUCAAGUGGCUUUCGUUAACAUCCCAUUUAAUCGUACUACUGCCUUAAUUUAUGGGGGAUCAACGGAAACUCACCAUAACGGCCAGUACUUUGAUGACCCAAGCCCCUUUUUGGAACCGGAAUUCAACCCUAUGGAGAAUUCCAAGGGGGUGCCCCAAAUAUAUCGGGAUACCCCCCAACUGACCAUCAAUCAAAAACAAGUGUCCGGAGUCAUAAAAGUUGUGCCACAAGUAAAUCGCCCAUUAAAAAUCGAACCAGACACGAGUGCCAAUGAGAAUUUGCCUAUUAGUGUGACCCCAGUGCAAUUUAAAGUUCCUUCCUUUUCAUUUGAAAUGGCUGAGCAACAUGGGGAAGUUAAUGCCCACAUUAUUAAUCAUGACGAGGUGAAUAUUCGGGUCGAAAACAGUAGAACUGAACUUCCACUAUCGGGAGAAACCGGCUCACACGUCUAUAAAGGGGAAAAAGUUAAUAAAGUACCCUUGAGGCCCAAGUUUUCACCAAAAAGAAGACUGAGACCAAGCAGACCUUCAAGCAUUUCCGAGUUUAUGACUCCGCCACCAGUUGGAAAACUGUACACCACCAAGAGGCCCCACUUUAAACUCUCGCCUCCUGGGGCAGUAAAGAUAAUUCCUUUAGUGCCAGAGACCAAUAAUUUCCAAACGAAUUCUGGAGAAAUCUUCCAUAAGCCAGACAACGAUAACUUAUAUGAUGAGCAUUUGGAAGACGAUUUGCCAAACGAGGACGGAGAAGUUAUCCAGGAGUCGAACCCUAGGCCAUUGAAACCCGGCGAAGUCCCAAUAGAAGUACUGAGGAAACCACUGACCACUGAGAGAACGAUGAUAAGGUUCCCUGAUAGUUUUAAGAAUACUACUCAAGUAAAGUUUCCUUAUAAGCAACAACCAGAACCUGACUACGAUAUCAUCCAUACUCCGCAGGGAAAUGAUCAGGAUCAAGUUUAUUUCCAUGUGCAACAACCCAACAGGCGACCGGUCAGCAGCUACUCUAUGAAAGAACCAGAUUCCCCCACGCAAACUGAGAAGAACAGCUUAUUACCAACCACUAGCAGCACUACCACAACUCAAAAACCCGUGUUAAUAUACAUAGGGCAAAAAAACAACUUCUUUAAUAAGAAACCCAGUAAACAACCUGGAAACGUGAGACCCCAAGUGACUUCUUUGCCCAUUGACUCGACUACCCUUAAGCCAACGACCACUAGUACCACAGAGCACCAUCACUCGCAAACCGAAAAGCAAUUCGAUAGCGCCAAAUAUCCCGCUAAACAACCCACUAAUGAAAUCGAUAUCUUGGACUCUGCUACGGAGGAAACUAUUAAGGUACCAUCGGUGCUUAGUGGUGAAGACUUUGUCAAUUUGACGCAAGAAAUUAAUAAUAUGGAGGUGUUGCAACCUCCUAAGGUUGACGUAAGAUCACCGGGGAAAGACAUCUUGCGGGUGCCCCAGGUUAAGGAAACUUUUAUAUCCCAGUUGAGCGAAGAAAUGCUACCUCCCCCUCCAGUUACAACGGAAAUUGUGCUGGGCAUGAAUCCACCUCCACUAGUUUCCACGCAUAAGCCAGUUGUUGUCUCUCAGUCAGCAGAGAGGCCCAACACUAGAAGGCCUUUAAGACCUAGAAGGCCCGGGUAUAGAAGAACCACUACGACUACUACUACUACUUCUACACCUAGCACUACUACAACCCCUAGCACGCGAAAAUCUAGUUAUUACGGCUACUACUUGGCAACAACUUAUCGGCCCAAAGGGGUGUUGCCGCCUAGAAAGAACAUUUCAACAACGACUCCCAAAAUAAUUACUCCCACUCCCACCUUAAAGCAAACGCCUUCCUUGGAAGUGAUCGUGGGGCAGCCCCACUUUGAAGUAGACAAGAGAGUUGAAACUACCACAAAUACCACCACCAGCAGUACCACCACCACCAAUUCUACGCCAGAACUGGUGGUACCUGAAGAAGUUACUUUGCCAGUGCACCACGCUGGCAAUGAGGUUAAAAUAGUGGAUGAACCAUCUUCGGUUUCUUCUCAAGAGUCUUCAGUGGCUACGACUGUGCUCCCCACAAGAUAUAUCACUCACACAAAGACUCAUACUGUGACCAUCACCAAAACCACAGUGGUGAAAACCCUUGGGGGCCCCCCCAGCACCAUCACUUUACUAGUGACCAAGACAGAGAAAAGCUAUAUUGUGGAUACAGUAACUGAGUUCCAUACUCUAGUAAAACCUACCAGCAUAGUGGAAACUGUUACUACAACUGUGGAAAAAAGUGCUGUAGUGCCCACCCCUGUAUCACCCGAUUGGGUCAAACCUACUACCACAACUACUACCACCGAACCACCAAUAAUCAUCAGUUCAGUAGAUGAUUUCCAGGACGAUGACAGCGAUGAUGAUUCUCUAGAGGAUUUCAUAAUCAAAGAUACCGAUUCGAACCAAGAAACAUCAUAUGAUAGCAACGAAUCGAUCUUCGUUGUAAUGACCGACAAGAACAAAGGGACAAUCAUAAAAAUGCCGCCGCAAAAUCCCGCUAGUGCCGCCCCAGAGGUGAUCGACGAGCCGCCUCCCCAUAGGGACGAAAUAACAGACAACGAGGUGAGCAACAAUAUUCUGCUGGGAGGUAUUUUAUCGGCGAACCACGCGGAAAUCGUCCAGAAUGGAAACCGAUGCGUUCCAGAGUGUAAACCAAGUAGGAACGAGUUGUGCCAAAAAGUCGAAGGAGUGAUGAGGUGCGUCUGUAGGCCUGGAUUCGCUCGGAUGUUCCCCGAUCGGCCUUGUAACCCUACCUACACGUAUAGCCUCAAUAUAACCAUUGAAAAAGUGGGCAAAUACCCGAUAAAAUAUUCGGAAAAACUUUCCAAAGAAAACUCGACGGAAUUCGUGAAAACUGCCCGUAAGGUACACGAGGCUCUGGACCGUAUGGUGAUGCAAUCGGAUUUGCGCGAUAUCUACCAUGGGGUCCAUGUGACCGCCUUUUACCCCAAGCAGAAUGCAAACGGUGUCAUCAGCAAAUUUUAUCUUCAACUCUCUGACAACAUCGACGAGACCCGCAUGGAGGACGUAUUUAAAAAGUACCUGAGAGGCAACAAUUACUCCCUUGGAGGCACUGACGUAUUCGCUUCCUCACAGUCAGGCGACAAUUUGUCAGUUCAGGACUUUAACGAGUGCGACAACCCGAAGUUCCACGAUUGUUCCGAUAAUUCGCAGUGUUUUAACUUGAGGGGUACCUACACGUGUUCUUGUAAGGAGGGAUAUUCCGACUUAUCAGAAAAUAUGCUUUACCCAGGCAGAAUCUGUAGUGCAGAACAAGUGGGAUGUGAAAAAUGUAAUUAUCAUGGUACGUGCUACUCUCGGGGAUCUGAAGAACUAUUAUGCGAAUGUUUCCACUGGUAUGCCGGGGAGUACUGUCAAGUGAACCUAAAAGUUCUACUGAUCGCUUUGGUCACCUUAGGCACCAUCCUGUUCGCUUUACUGCUGGUCUGUAUCAUAAUGACGUGUGUUAGAAAGAAACCAAAGAAGGGCGUGGCCGGCCCUAUAGGGUUCCUUCCUCAAAGAGGCGGCACUUUGGAUAGAAGGGCCAUUGUCGAGGACACUAGUUCAGAGGAUAGCAGAAGCGAAACGAACUCAGUUCCGCCCUACGUGCAACAAAAAACUGCUAAACUGAAGCCGCCACCCGCUAAGGGAGCCCUAAAAAAGAUUUCCAAGGUUUCGAUGACUAGUGUGGAACACACCGAGCAAGGAAUUAUAUUUCCUGAUCAAAAGGAUCGUUCCUUAACCGUGAUGAUACCGAGGGCUAAGUACCAUCCGGCGCCCCCUACUUCGCCUCUAUUGAACUAUACCACGUUUGACGCAAGAAAACCGAGCGUUCCCGCCAUAAAUACCGAGGCUAAACUUUUGAGUUAUUUGGAUGCUGGGCCCAGCCCUUCUCGGUCGGAACCAAAACGUAAAUUCAGUAACGCCCUAAGCGAGCAACUGAUCGAAGAAAAAUCGAGUUCCAGAAAAACUUCUGGGGCCCUAGUGUCCGCUGGGUUCGAAGUGUCCGCCACAGUAGUAAACACUAUUGGAACUCUUGGUACCACCUGUGGUACUGAAGCGGAUAGAAGCGAAAAUGCCACCCUGAUUCAAAAGAUUAGCGCAGAUUUGUUAUCCAGGGCCGAUACGUCUUCCCAAUUUAAUACUUUAAGGAAAUCUAUAGAUGACGAUGAUCUGGAAUCGAACAGUAACUGGAUGGAUAUUCCCAGGAUAAGUGCCGUUUCCGAAGCCAGAUCCUAUGACGAAACGACAAUACCUCCGCCGAUGAAAUCAUUCACCAGAAGUGAAUACGAUUCAAAGUCAUUGCAGAACCAAAACGAUGAGGCAAAUACAAUGGCUGAACGCGAUUUGGGAUCUACUUUCUUGCUACCCCAUACGCACUUAUAUAAACCGGACAGAGGCUCGGACAUAUCGGGUUUCGAAUCCCUGUAGCGGCAAUCCUCAGGGCGAUCCAAAAUUAUUGAAGCUCAAGAACGCGUCACGCUGUUGUCAAUGUGCCUUAUUUAUUUUAUUAUUAUCGUAGAAACUUAAGUAUUUAGACAAGUUUUAGUGUGAAAGUUUUAAAAAAUCUAUACUGGCCAUAAUUUAUUUAAAACCCUCCCUGUAUAUAAUUUAUUAAAUUUAUUAUUUUUUUAUUGAAACGAGAGUACCAGGGCUUACGUACCAGGUGUUUCGAAUAAUAGUAAUAAUAAUAAUAUUAAAUUUGGGACACCUUGUAUGUGAUUUUGUGUGAUUGUAAGUGUAAAUACUUUAGGGUAUAAGCGUAUGACUAACGAGAGAGUUUUUUUUAAUAAGUUUUGUAUUCGUAUUCGUUAAGUAUGCUGAAUGUUUUAGUGCCAAAAGAUUAUUGUUUUCCGAUUAGUGUACUAAUGUUUAUGAAUUUAUUUCUAAAUAAUUAUAAAUAUGUUAUAAUAAAGUAACAA